CUUCAAAUUUACCGACGUCAAAAUAACGUGCUUUGUUUGCUUUAAAUAUUAAAAACUUCUUAGAAUGGACGUUGAAGUUAGGAUUACCGAUUCCCUAAAAGGCAAAGGAUUAUAUGCAAAAAAAGAUUUUCCUAAAGAUACUGUUAUUUUUCAAGAAGAUCCGCUUGUGUCAUGCCAGUUUUCAUGGAAUGCUGAAUAUAAAUACUUAGCUUGUGAUCAUUGUUUAAGACCAUUAGAAACUGCUCAUGAAAAUGCAACUCGUUUAGCUGGCCAUCCAAUGGUAUUACCAUAUCCAGAGUGCUGUUCAACAGAUAAAAGUAAAAUAGUAUCCUGUCCUCAUUGUUCUACGAAAUACUGCUCAGAAGAAUGUAGAGUAGAGGCAUACAGUCAAUACCACAAUACACUAUGCCAUGGAAAUAAUAGCAAUCAUCCUUUGGAAAGAUUAAAUGAUGCAUGGAAGAAAGUGCAUUACCCACCAGAAACAAAUAGCAUAAUGCUAAUUGUCCGUCUGCUAGCCAGAAUUAGACAGGCACCUAAUAGAGAUGCAGCCAUUGCACAAACUUUGCAGUUUUGCCAUAGAACCAUAAAUGAAGACGCUGAUUUAGCCCACAAACUCUUGGGAGAUAAAUUUGCAGACCAACUGAGCUUGUUGCAUAGCAGUUUGGUUGCUGCUAUUCCAAAUGAUGGUAUUGAACAGUUUUUGACUUAUGAAGGGUUUUUGAGCAUGUUAGCACUUAUAGGUACAAAUGGACAAGGUGUAGGAACAAGUGCAAUUGCCCAAUGGAUAUCAAAUACAGAAAAACUGAACCUUCCAGAAUCAGAAAAAGAGCUGUUGGACAAUUUUAUAGAGCAUCUAUAUCUGCAAAUGGAUGAAAAUGUGGGAGAAUUUCUAAACAAUGAAGGGGUAGCAUUAUACUCACUACAGAGCAGCUGUAAUCAUAGUUGUGUUCCUAAUGCAGAACCCAAAUUUGUAUUUAACAAUCACAGGCUAAGUUUAGUUGCGACGAGAGACAUCAAAGAAGGAGAAGAAAUACACAUAAGUUACUUAGACGAAUGUGCAUUAGGGAGGUCUAGACAUUCCAGGAGGAAGGAGUUAAUGAAACAUUAUUUGUUCAUGUGUCAAUGUCCGAGGUGUGAAUCUGAAGCAGAUGAACAACCCGAUGUGACAAGUGAGGAAGAAGACGAAGAGGAUGAUGGUGAUGAAGAGAUGAGUGAUUAAAUCAGCGUUUUAAUUUUUAUAAGAAAUGUUAUACCUACUGCAGAAAAGAAUCUAAUUUUGUUAAUCAUUAUCUCAAUUAAAUCUUUUGAGUA